UAAGCUAUCCCCGCAAUAAUUGUUGUCUGUGUUCUAUCUGAAGAGUGACCUCUUACAUUACAUUAUCGUUUUAACAAGCAAAUAAUUAUGUGGGUUUUUUUAUAACAAGUCCUAAAUGAUUUCGUUUAUUGCGCCUAUAAUUAAAUCAAACAAAAACAUCUCUUGACGAGACGACAUCGCAGAGAUGGAGGCGGAGGGCAGCAGGAGCGAAGACAUGGGGCGAUCUAAAACCGGGAACACUUGCAGCGAGGAGUCUCUUGGGAGCAGUUCGUCGUCGUCAGUACUUAACUCGUGGACUAUUUUGCCGGUAACAAAGGACAAGGAAAAGGAGAAGGAAGGCGGGCUAGAGAAGAACGAAGAUUUGACGGAUUUGAGGACCAGCAGUCAAGCGGACAAGCAAAAAAACGAGAGAUGCAACAGGCCUGCGGCCGAGGAUCCACAUGCGGACGACAUUUCCGAUGGAAUUUCGAUAAUCAGCGACUGCGAGAGUACAGAUCGUAUUUCGCCCAAUCUUUUUCUGCGCGAGCCCCUCGUCGACUUGGGCUUCGGCGAGCUGCCGCCGAGCCCCGCCUGCAGUGGGCAGCAGCUGAAGGAGUACCCCGAGCAGGAGCAGGAGGAUUCUGCGACAGUGGUGCGUUCCAAGCUGGAACUGCAACUUCCACCUUUGGUGCAGAACGGUCUGACCGCCUUCUUCUAUGUAGCCGCCACCCUGGCAAUCCUGGCCUUCGUAGGCAAAUUGCGUCACCCAGAAUGGCAGGUCCUGGGCGAAUACAAGCCCCUGGCCGAGUUAGAGCGCCGGGUGGGUGACUUGGAGCUACAGAACAACCUACUACGGGCCGAGAUCGAUAUUAUGUCCAAGAAACUGCAGUACCUCGGAUCUGGUCAGGAUGCGGUGCAGCGGCAGGGGCGUUUAAAGGGCAAAACGUUUAAGGCAUGGCCUGGCAACGGCGACACUGUGAGUCCAGUGGACAUAACCAAGGAAGACUUAAAGCAGCCGUUCCAGUGUCCAGACGGCCAGUUCGUUGAGAUCGCUGGCAUGUGCUUGGAGAACAACCGGGUGCCUUUAGAUGCUCUGACAGAUGAGAUCGGAAAUGCAGUAAACGACGUGCUACAGCAGUCUGGAGCCUUUCAAAAGUUUGAAAAGGUCACCGAGAAGCUGCGCACCUUUGCUAGCGACAACGAAGACGUUGGUGCCGCUCCGGGUGCGAAGGACUUUAAGUCAGAUGAUGGGCCAGAAGCAGCCACUUCCCACGGCCAGCCAAAGCUGGCGGAUGGUUCGAAAGAGCGCUUCAAGCCAAGAUACAAGCAGGGGCACUCGCACGAGAGGAAGCAGCGCCGACAGGAGCAGGUUCACGAUCGCAGAAGCCGGCAGGAGGAGCAUUCUAAGGAGCACGGCAAAAAUAAGUACUACGACCAAUCUAGCCGGGACCGCUACAACAAGAACGUCAAGAAACCCAUCGACCACUCCGACGAAAACAGCAAACAGCGCGACCUCAACAAUGAUAGCGGAAGCGGUGAGUGGCACGAGCGGAUGAUGCAGCAGCGGGAAAACGCGCGCCACAAGCACGCCCAGAAGCGCAACAACAAUAACUGGUACAUAGAGCGGGGCGAUAGUCGCGAGCAGAUGCGUUCCGGCGAGACCCAGCGCUGAGUGGAGCUGCAUCCGUGAAAUUCAUCAAGACGAUGACCUGGAUCAUUUUCCAAAGAGGAUUUGAACUUUCGCCUGAAGUCACAUAUAUUUUAAUCCCAAAAUAUACUUAAGGACAACGUGUGCUAGUAAGCGCGCACCGAACUGCGCUGGUUCCUACCUAUACAUGUGUUUUUACCAUAUUUCGACAUUGUUUCUACAAGGCGUUUCGAGACAGUAACAGGAUUGGAGUUUUGAAACACACUUUGGGAACAGGAGCUUAACGCGCAUCGAGCGAUACUCGUGCUUAAUAUUUAUUUUUACCUACGAAUAGCUGCGUCAAAUCUUGCAUUAUUAUUGUAUCACGAUUUCGCAAUGUAUGUACAUAUACAGUUUCAAUGAUCAAUGUUAAAUACAAUGUUAAAUGCGAUACACUAGGCAAUUUUAAAGGAAACGUCGUACAUAUCGCACACAUUUAACUCAAGUGGCUCAACGUUAAAUCAAAUAUUUACUUUAUCAGAUUUUAGAUUUGAAUAUUUUAAAUACGGUUCAGAAACAAUAAUUUUGACGAUUAGUUAGCAGCAGUUGAAAACAAUUGAAAAUUAAAAUCAAAAUAGUGAAUUACAAGUAAAAUUUAAGUUAAAUGCGAGCGAUGUUUUUGUAUGGUAUCGGUUCCUUCCACUUAAGAAUGUGAUUCCUUUGCUAAGUUCCAGCUCAACCUAAGAGACAGGCCGACCCAAGUACGUAUACACUUGGCACAGUCCGUCAAGAAAACAAAAUCAAUUUCAUUUAAAUGAGUUAUCAAUGAUUCUUUUGAAACCGUAUAUUUCGCUAAAAUUAUGUAUUGAUAUAUACAUACAUAUUUGUGAUACCUAUACUAAUAUUUUUUGUUAGUCUAGAAAAAUAAAUUAUUUUACCAUAUUAGGUAUUUCUGGAAAGCCAAUUCAAAAAACAGAAAUUUAAAGGAACAAAAAUCAAUAUUUUUGUAUGCAUGUUUGUUUAAAACCUAAGCGUAUAUAUACAUAAAUAUAUAAAUGUGUACCCAAAAUGUUUUGCGAUUAAAUUAACGUUUAAAUUAUAAUAAAA